CCAAACGUGGAAUAUGGCUUUGAUUGUAACCAUGUAAAACCUGGACUUCUUUUUUGCUAUAUUUAUUGGCUCCUAUUUUGACACAAGAAAGAUGUCUUACGACCUAGUGAUUUACAACGGAAGGAUAGUCACAGCUUCGGACAUUCUGCCCUCCUCGAUAUAUAUUGGUAUAAACAAUGGGAUCAUAGAGACAUUAACCACUUCCAAACUUUCUGGUAAAAGGGAGAUCGACGCAGAAGGUGGGUACAUUAUGCCUGGUGGUGUGGAUUCUCACGUCCAUAUUGACCAGGAUAAUGCUCCGGCUGGCGAUAACUUCGAGUCUGGUUCAAGGUCAGCUGUUGCCGGCGGCACUACAACUAUUAUUCCUUUUGCAAUCCAGCCUAAAAAGGAAUACGAUUUGUUGAAGGUCGUCGAGGAAUACCAUCAGAGAGCAAACAAACAUGGGGGAUCGUACUGCGACUAUGGUUUCCACUUAAUCAUAUCGGAACCAACCCCAGAAAUGUUGGAGAAAACUUUUCCUGCAGUUUGCAAUAAGGAGGCAAUCACCUCAGUCAAGGUCUACACGACAUACCCAAGAUACAAGCUCUCAGACGAGCAGUUGUUGCAGAUUUUUCUGACCAACAGGAAAAAUAAUGUAACGACCAUGGUGCACGCAGAGAAUUCGGACAUCAUAGACUUCAUAAACAACAAACUGAUGUCCAAGAAGAUGACCGACCCAUUCUUCCACACUGUAUCUCGACCACAGCUAGCCGAAGAUGAGGCGUCAUACCGUGCAAUUUCCCUGGCCAAGGUCAUUGACGUCCCCAUGCUCAUUGUUCACAUGUCAUGUGAGUCGGCGCUGGACCACGUCAAGAAAGCACAGACAGAUCUAUUGCCGAUAUUUGCGGAAACCUGUCCGCAGUACCUCUUUCUCACUGGUGACUACCUAAAGCACGACUGUUGCCAUCAUUCUAGUCAAGGUGACGAAUUCCAGGGUGCUAAAUACAUUUGUUCUCCGCCAUUACGUGCAACCCAGCAAGACUUAGAGGCAGUGUGGAAAAACCUCAUCAACGGCACUGUCACUGUUUUCAGUAGUGAUCACGCUCCCUCCAAUUAUGACCACCCUUUGGGCAAGAAAAAAGGCUUGGUCAACGGCAUCCCACACUUCAAAGAUGUCCCGAAUGGCUUGCCUGGUAUAGAAACAAGAUUGCCAUUGCUGUUCUGUUACGGAGUCGAAAAGGGCAGGAUUACCCCGCAAAAGUUUGUCGAGUUGACCGCCACAAACCCAGCAAAACUCUACGGCCUCAGUGAAACGAAGGGCACAAUUGGAGUUGGUCUAGACGCAGACUUCACCAUUUGGUACCCGGAGGGGAAGAUGGAAAGGUUCUCCCUCACAAAUGACAUGCUUCAUCACAGCAUUGAUUACACCCCUUAUGAGGGUAUGGAAUUCACCAACUGGCCAAGGUACACGAUUUUGAGAGGCAACGUGUGUUUCGACAGAGACAACGGGGGUGUCGUUGGCGACAAGGUCGGCAACUAUCUAAGAAGAAAAGGGAGUGUUUUGGCUGGGUCCAGAGCAAAACUGAAUCCCAUUUUUCAGUAGUUGCUGGCUGCUUUCUUUCCACACUUUAUAGCAUUAGAAUAACAGUUUUCCCUUUAUGGAGGUUGCCGACACCAUACAUGCGGCGCAAAGCCAACUCC